GUGGGUUUACUGUUCCCACUUUCCAGAUUCCAGAUUCCAAUUCAACAUGUCACUCUUGGGCUAUGUUGUUAUAUUCUUUCUAUUCUGCUGUAGUUACGCCUUGAAUCUAACAGCAUUACUUCUUCCAAAAUGGUUGAUCUUUGUUGUUCCUAAACCAUUGUAUUCCGAGACAAACUAUGGUCUAUUCAAGUUAUGUCAAAGUGUUACAGGCGAGUGUAGACCAUUUCCAAGAGAAGAGGAAGGAGAUUGUACUGAAGAAGGAUUUUGCCAGCUUUGGCAAGCAGCGGGGGCCGGAAUGAUAUUAGCAGCUGUGAUUGGAGCACUGACGUUGGUGGCACUUCUCGGGACAAUGUGUAGCAGUCGCAGAAAGAGAGAGAGAGGAUGGAAGCUCGUGGCAGGAAUGCUUGUGCUUCACGCUAUUCCUGCAGCCAUCUCAAUGUCAGUCGUAGCCUAUUUGGUUAACACGAGCUCAAUAUUCUAUGCUGGUACACGCUAUGACAUGUCCUUUAUCAUGGGUGCUGCAACUUGGUGCAUUAGUCUCGUCAUUGCUCUCUCCCUGACCCUCGCAACACUUCUGGGCCCACCUGAACAUGGCUAUGAGAGGCUCGACUGACAUCCUUUUUUCGUGUGUCAAUUUUAAAUAAAAAAAUUU